CGUAAAUUUAAAACCGUAGCUAAUAAUUUUUUACUUCUUUAUUCCAGUUCUAUAGUCGUUUAUUUGUUUACACCAGCUAUAAAGAAUAUGAACUCUACAUGUCAAUGUUUCUGAUGCCUAGUUUCUUCUCAGGUCCUCGAAUUAAGAUGCUUGAGGACAUGAACAGACCAGGCUUCUUCAAUCAAUACUACCAAACCGUCCGCCAAUCCAUAACUAAUGACGUGUUGCAGGAGUUCUCAAAACUCUCCUCCGAUGAAGAAAAAGUCCGCUUCUGUUACGAGAAAAUACCGGCAGUACACGAAAUUGAUAUACGCAAAAUCUAUCAUGGAAAAUCAGAAAGAGAUGCGCUCGAGAGGAAAGAAGCAGGAAACAGAGCUUUUGGACGGAAAGAGAACGUAGAGGCGUUGCAUUGUUAUAGUCAAGCAGUUGUAAAGGCACCCGUGUUAUCGGAGGAGAACGCCGACCCCCGCAAGAUGACGCUCUACCCCAUCUGCCUGGCUAACCGCUCCGCUGCGCUCUACCACCUCAAAGACUUCUACUACUGCCUCAAGGAUAUAGAUGAGGCCCUGGAGCAUCACUACCCCAAGGAGCUCAAGUUCAAGUUGUACAAACGCAAGGCUCGCGUCUUGGUGGACCUAAAGCGGCACUUGGAGGCUCGGGACUCAUUUCGGCAGGCACUCAAAUGGCUCGACUGGGCGAAAAUGGAUCGUGAUAAGAGGAUGGAAGUUCAGAAAGACAUACAAAAGUGGCUUAGCAUAUUGGAGAGCGGCAAAGUUAAAAAUUUGGGAGACUUUCGGGUGAAGCUGUUGCCCACGGUGCCGCCGCUGACCCAGGGCCCACACUCUGUCUUCCCGGCGCUGUCCAGCAAACUCGAGAUGCGAUACUCGCCCACGCAGGGCCGCUACGUCGUCGCCGCUGAGGACAUCGAAUUCGGCGACGUCGUCUGCACCGAGAAACCUUACGCCGCGGUCCUGCUGUGGGAGGAGUUCGACACGCACUGCCAGAAUUGCUUCAUUAUUACCCGCGCGCCCAUACCGUGCACGACGUGCUCGGGCGUCGUGUUCUGUUCGUCGGACUGCCGCGACACGGCUUACUUCCACAAGAUCGAGUGCAACAUCAACGAUCUACUGCAUGGCUCAGGCAUGUCCAUUACCUGCUUCCUCGUCUUCAGGAUGUUAACGCAGACUCCCCUCACUUUCUUCAUGAAGAACAAGGAGCAGCUUGCGUUGGAGGAAGAUCCAGAGGCGAUUCUCCGCUGGAAGCCUCGGGUCAAAGCCUGUGAUGACAGCAACGCCAAAACCGACACCGCGACCGAGGCGCUCAACGUCUCGAGUUCGCCGGAAGCUCCGCUGUCUCUAUCGAAUGUCUCGCCCGAACACAAGAACUCCAACGGUAAUGCAGGGGAAGACUCUGAUAAAUAAAAUAAAGACAAAGAUGAAAACAAAGAAUUGAAAGGCGUAAAAUUUCACGAAUUACCCGAGGAAGAACAAAAACGAAUUAUCAAGGAGGAGGAACCACAACGAAAGAAGCUCGAAGAGCAACGAUUGCUUGCCGAAGAGCAAGAGUAUCAAAAGGCUCGUGAACGCAUCGAAGAAGCUCGAAGGAAGGGAGCUGAAGAGCAGAGGCUUAAAGAGGAGGUGUUCUGGAGGGUAUACCACCUAGUGAGGCACAGCCAAAACAGAACUGUUGAAGAUUACUUCUAUCGCACCAUCAUGGCUUGCUUUAUGGUCAAGGCUCUCAAGAAGACAAAGUAUUUGGAUGACUUCAAAGGGACUGGAGUUGACAACGAGCUGAAGCUGAGCGAGGCAGAGGCGCUAUCAGGAGGCCUCGUGCUCAGGUUCCUGCAGAUCAUGCAGAUCAACGCCCACGAGGUGUCCGAGUUCCUCCUCGCCUCCAACAAGUCGCUAGACGGCGCCGAGAAUACCAGCCUCGGUGCCGCCGUAUACCCCACGCUGGCUUACUUCAACCACUCGUGUAACUCGGCGCAAGUGAGAUACUUCAGUGGUAACUCGGUGAUAACGAGGGCGAUCCGUCCAAUUGCCAAGGGUGAGCUGGUGCCAGAAAACUACGGUCCCUGCUACUCGACCGAGGGCAGGUCCGACCGCCGGUUGGAGCUCGUCGACAGAUAUUGGUUCGAGUGUCAGUGUGAGGCGUGCGUGGAGGACUGGCCGACGUUCAAAAAGACGGACCCGACGCGCCUGAAGUUCAAGUGCCACAAGUGCCAGGCGCCGUUGCUGGUGCCAGUUGACGACCAAAACACGCUGUACAAGUGCGUCCGCUGUGGGGACCAAACCAACAUCCUCCCCGCUCUCAUGAACCUGCAGAACUCGGAGAAAAUUUUCCAGGCGGCGAAAACCGAGCUUCAGGCGUUCAAUUUGGAAAAAGCAGAGGGUCUACUGAAGGAGAACCUGGAACAGCUGAGCUCCGCGCCGCUGUACCCUCCGUUCAAGGAAUACCAACGUGCGCUGGAGGCGUAUAUGAAGUGCCUCACGUACAGCGGCAACUGCAACAUCAAGCGGCCUAUGGCAUCUCUCGAGUAAAAAUUUGCCAGAGGAAAAGGAAAUUAGACGUGCACCGAUCGAAGAGGAACAUUUUUGACAAAAUUAUAUAAAAAUUUAGUGAGUUAUAAAAAAAAGUCAAAAUUAAUGAGAGGCUAAAGUUGGUUAGUCGAGUAACUGCAGAGCUCAAACUUGAGUGUUGAUUCAAGUAAACGAUGGCGCAGGCAUAGGAAAAGGAUUUUGAAGCUAUAGUUCUUAUUUGAGGGUGAAUGAAAAUUGUACUGUCGACUUUUUUGUGAAAAUAAGUUUUGUUUGUUUAAAUUUUUCCGUAGACGUACGAUUCAGCUCACUUCUGUCCGGUUAAUGCUACACGAAACCUUCCUCUGCUUCUCAAUUUUAGUGAGAAAUGUGACAAAUUGAAACGCGCAUUCCGUCGCCUUGAUAAGCUUAGUAACAAUGUAACCUGGCUCCUAGAACAUCGUCUGUAUGUUGCCACUCAGGAACGAAAUGACGACAGUUAUCAAAAGCCUCGUGAUAUUUGGUGUACGGAACUACGUAACUGGAGCGCCGUUCCCUUACGCUCGUGCCUAUAAUGUUGGAAGUCUCUAUUAUCUAAUGAAGUUUGAAACGCAUUGAAAGUGCAUCAUAUUAUGGAAUAUUCUUGGUAGUGAUCUAUAAAGCGAUACCCUACGGAAUGCACCUGUCCUCUCUUCCGUGUCCAGUGACUGCGAAUAAGCAGUUAACUUUUUUACGUGGGUCUCAUGUAUUUAUCAAGUGAAAUCUUCUUGUUUCGUGAAAAUUUCUUAUUUAAACUCGUUGACGAUUGUAGUUUCUUCUAAGUUUGUACCUUGGCUUUGUUUCUCACGAGACACUUCUCUUAACAAUUAUUUUUAGUUCCAGGUUUACGUGAACGAAGUCCUAUCCUAAGAUAUGUAUGAAAGACCAA